ACAUAGAAAUGCCAAAUUGUAAUUGUCAAAUUCAAUCAAAACAAACCUUUUGGAUCGGCACAAAAGAAGCUCUGUGGAAUGCUUCGACUAGUUUCGAGGAGAAUUAUCCAUAGCUUGGGUACGCAAUUCAGUGAUGAUUGUUUUCGUUUUGAUGCAGUAAAACCGGGAAUCAAUCAUUGUAGAGACUUUUCUUCGCAUAUAGUUUCAAGACGACAUAACCUCAGUUUAGUUCAAAAAUUCAAUAGGAUUCUUCCCAAGUGCAAACAUAGAACUCUUGCUACGGCACCGAAUGAGAAUAAAAAUGAUGCAAAAAACAGUGUGAAUGUUAAUGUUGGAACCAUCGGGCACGUUGAUCACGGCAAGACUACGUUAACAUCAGCCAUUACAAAGGUGCUAUCUAAAAAAGGUUUAGCUGAUUCAGUGGACUAUGCAGAGAUAGACAAAGCACCCGAAGAGCAAAAGAGAGGGAUAACAAUCAAUAUAGCCCAUGUCGGAUAUUCAACGGAGAAAAGAUCAUAUGCACACACCGACUGCCCCGGUCAUGCUGAUUACAUAAAGAAUAUGAUAUCUGGUGCAUCUCAGAUGGAUGGAGCAAUCAUAGUGGUGGCUGCAACAGACGGUCAAAUGCCGCAAACACGUGAACAUUUAUUGUUGGCUAAGCAAACGGGCGUCGAGAAUAUGAUCGUGUACAUUAACAAAGCCGAUUUAGUUGAUUUGGAUGUAUUGGAGUUGGUAGAAAUUGAAAUGCGGGAACUUUUAUGCGAAUAUGGUUUUGAUGGUGAAAAGGCGCCCGUGAUUUAUGGCUCAGCGUUGCUCGCAUUGAAUGGAGACCAAUCUGAAUAUGGUGAACCAUCAAUUAAUCGAUUGUUAGAUGCUUUAGACAAAUAUAUACCAACGCCAAAACGUGAUUUGGAUGCACCAUUCUUACUGCCAAUCGACAAUAUUUUCAAUGUGCCGAAUAGAGGCACAGUUAUUGUUGGAACAUUGUCACGGGGAGUUCUGAAGAAGAAAGACGAAUGCGACAUUCUUGGCUACGGUAAAAAGUUACAGACCGUCGUCAAGGAAUUACACGUUUUCAACGAGAGUGUUCCAAUGGCCAAAGCAGGCGAAAACAUAGGUGUAAAUAUUCGUGAUAUCAAAAAAGAUGAAGUCCGUCGCGGCAUGGUUCUGUGCAAACGUAAUUCGAUGAAAAUUCUCAACCAUUUCGAUGCAUCGAUUUACAUGCUCACAAAAAGUGAAGGUGGCCGAACGAAACCAAUUAUUUCAAAGUUUACCCAUACAAUGUUCAGUAGAACGUGGAAUACACCAUGCAGAGUGGACUUUUUGGAAGGGAAGAACAUAUUAAUUCCUGGAGAGCAUGCUACAGCACGAUUGACCACCUUUCGGCCAAUGAUCAUUAGCGCUGGACAACGGUUUACCAUCAGAGAAGGCAAAACGACCGUGUUAACCGGAGUCGUCACUAAAGAGCACGAAAUUGUUGAUGUGCCGAAAAAUAAACUAUCCGAAGUUGUAAUUAAAGAAUAGGAAAUCGAUCAUUUUACAUGCAAUUGUGUUUUGUUUGAAAAAAGAAAAUUAAACGUAAUACGAAAUUGAAUGAAAAAA